CUGGGGAAAAAAAUUAAAAAAAAAAAACAAGGAAGGAAGGAAGGAAAAAAAAAACACAGAAGGCAAAGCUGAUAGAGGGCAGCACGGUGCUUAGGGAGCAGGGCAAGAUGGCGGCGCCCUCGCUGCUGUACUACGGGCGGGUUGCGGCCCGCAAGGCGGCGCGGCUGGAGGCCUGGGGGCUCCGAGGGGCAACGCUGUGCACCCAGUCUGGAGGCUCCAGGACGCCGCCGGACACCAUAUCUGCAAAAGAAGGUGGGAGCACACUGAAUACUAAUCCCAAGGAAGCUUCAAAACCUGAUGAAGAUCUGAGAAUGUUGAUGUCAAGGAAAACUGUGGUUGCAUUUCCUCAGCGAGUGAUUGUUUCUUCCCUGGAGGAGGCAAGACUGAGUAAAAUUGCAACAGGGGGAGGCAUAAGGAAAGAACUAGCUGAAGAAGAAACUUCAUCUUCAUCCAGCUCAGAUUCAGAUUCUAGCUCAGAUUCUGAAGAAGAAAGUGAUGAUGGUGAUGAGUCGAGAGUUUCCAUUAAAACUAGAGUGGAGUUUCCUAGGCGAGAUUCCAUCUUUUCUGAGAACAUACCAAUAAAGACAUCACAGCUACCAAAAGAUGACUUAUCCCAGAAACGUCACAAAGAAUACGUAGCUAAGAAGAAGCCAAGCAAAACAGAAACUGAUGUACCUACUAUCAAGCAGGUUGCAUUUUCUAAAGCAUCGGUCAGUCAUAAAACAUUAAAACCCAAAGCAAGAGACCCUAACACAAAAUCAACUCCAAAAGAAGCAGAUCGGCAGAAGUUAGUCUUAGAACCACGCUUGAAUAAAAACCAAGACCUGACAGACGCCACUCUUAAAUCUGAUUAUUUGGAAGAAAAGUCCCUGGCAGCCCAAAUAGCAACUACUCUGCAGAAAGCUCCAUCAGUGACUCAGGAAGACAAAAAUCAAAACCUGAUAUCCAAAAGGGAAGAAAAAAAGGUAAAGGAGACACAGAAAUCGGAAGCUGUAGAGGUAACUUCUCCUAAACUAGAAGAGGAGAUUCCUGAAAGCACGGCGUUGGUGAUGGGUACAAAGGAGGAGACCGUUCAGGAAACAGGAGUCCAAGCUGGAGAAAGCAGCAGAAUAGAUGAGGCUACAGCAGCUGCUCAGCCUGCUCCAGAAGAAUUCGAUAAUUCUACCUACAAGAACCUCCAGCAUCAUGAAUAUAGUAUCUAUACCUUUGCUGAUUCUCUUGUGGUUCUCUCAAAAUUCAGGCAGCCACAGCCAUCUUCUGGAAGACCAUCACCGAGGCACUGAAAGAACCGCAAUUAAAUGCGCAGGCAGAAUGAUAUAUUCUUCUAUUUAGCUCUGAUGUAUCAUCUGUUAUAAAUCAAUAAAUGCAUGAUAAAUAAUGCUUGAGCUUUCAAACAGUUUUUGGUUCUUAGAGUUCCUCACUUCCUGAUUUUUAUGAUCAAGCUACAGGUCAAUAAAUCCAUCAGUGAAUAAAAACAGGCUUUCUACCUCUCAGCAUAUAUACAGUGUAGAACUGUCCUGACUUUUCCAUGUCUCCAAAAUUUUAAUAUUGACCAUUCUUUAUGUACUGUGUCAAGGGAAGUAAUGGCUUUUGUGGAUUCAUCUGUUCAGUAUGUGCUGUGAUUUUACAUGGUUUUAGCAGGUACUGCUGGAGAUGUUCAGGGCCAGGUUGGAAGGGGCCCUGGGCAGCCUGAGCUGGUGGGGAGCAGCCCUGCCCACGGCUGCGGGGCUGGAGGUGGGUGGGCUUUAAGGUCCCUUCCAACCCAAACCAUUCUGUGGUUCUGUGAUCGCUGUAAUGCGGCGGGCUGUUCACCUUGCACACAAAUGUUUUCCCAGCUUUAGAGGUUACACUUGCUCUGAUUUGAAAUCAUUGUUUGAAAGCAAGUAGCAUUUGUCUCCUGUGGCAAUGGUGUAUGUUGUAUGUUAGCAGAUGAAUGUAGGUUUAUGUAAUGAUUGAAACAUCUCAAGUCCUGCGUUAUUGUAAAGGGAGAACACAACAACUUCCUCUUCUGCUGGCGGUUCUAGUGUCCAGGUUCUGCAGUAGUUAAAGCCAUUUAAAAUAUAUGAAAACUUCAGUAAGUAGCUACUAUUGAAUUAUACCACAUUCAUUAAACUUUGAGAAAUAA